AUGUCCCAGAAACUCACCUUAACAACGACCAGCUUGCUCAACACCACGAUAUCUAAUGCAACCGAUACCGUCUACUAUGAUAUCCAAACACCUGAGCAUGAACCGCACCUUACGACCACACAGCGGUUAGACUCCCGGACGAAUCGGUAUAAUUUAACAGGAACCAUCCGAAGCCAAGCAGGCAAUCCUGUUACGGUUAGCGUCUUCGGGGAGCCAGCAAAACGAGAGGACCAGUGGGUAAAAAAAGCUAUCGGUGGCUUACCAGGAGAAAGCGCGGAUAAAGUGUUUGGCAGUUCGAAGACGGAAAGGGGAGUAACUUUGCUUGGAGGGUCUCCAGUGGCAUUUUGGAGGUACAUGAUUAUCCACUGGCAGAAAGGAAAGGCUGUUGCUGAAUCUUGUCGCAAGCUAUGGCGCACAGAUGAAGGGGUGAGAACGAAGCGGGCACUCGUUACGUUCCAUCCACACCGACGGUACCUUAUGGUGGGCUGGAUCUUACAACAUGCAUACCUGGAAAUCGACAAUUCCAUCGUCGAUUCUAUAGACGCGAUUAUUCGUGAGUGA